CUGCUCCGUCCGCAUACUGCAUUCCUAUUAGAAAAUCCAAUGCUAAACUCCAAAAUCCACCAGCAAACAGGGCCAGACCAUCUUGCUUCAGAAGACGUGUCUACGCCACCAACCUUACGAUUUUGCCAGUCAUAAUUUUGUUUUCGAUUCUGUGCUCAUAGUUUUAUCCAACUUAUUAUUAUGGAAGAGUCGAUCGCUUAGCUGUGUAUGAAAGUCAUAUGAACCGCGUAUCCCUCCUCCCUCUCCCCCCACGUAUUUUUGCUAGUGGUUGUUUCUUACUGUUGCCAUGUUGGAUCGGCAUUCCUGUGAAAGUUUAGAUUCUGGUUGUUUUGGGACGUCGGAGUUCUUCAGGUACCUUCAUAUGUCGAGGGACUAUUAGAUUUGCAAUUUCAAAAUUCUGGAAAUACAAAAAUACUGAAGGCUGUGCGACCCGCGUCUGAAACAGUCCUGCACCGAUGCGAGCGGCCGGGUCCAGGCCACGGUGAUCAAUGACAGCAUCGUUUUUAUUUUCCGAGUACCAUAAUAAGGGUCAGAUAGCAAUACGUGUUUAGCUUAUUUUGUGAUUUAUUUUUAAAUAUGAGUGGCCACCCGCCGCAACGGCGGGUUACAAAUGUCGGCUCCAUCCUUCUCACCCCGCAAGAGAACGAAUGCCUCUUCAACUCUCUUGGAAGGAAAUGCAUCACGCUGUGCUCCGCUGUGGUGCAGGUGUUCGCAGCUGAAAGAAACUCCACAUGGGUGAAGAGGUGCUGUGGUGUGGCCUGUCUGGUCAAAGACAAUCCCCACAGGUCCUACUUCAUCAGGGUCUUUGACAUCAAGGAAGGAAAGACCAUGUUCGAACAGGAAUUCUACAACAACUUUUCAAUUAACUGUUCAAGACCGUACUUCAUUUCAUUUGCUGGAGAUACCUGCCAAAUGGGUCUGAACUUCGCCAGCGAGGAGGAGGCCAAGCGGUUCCGUGCGUCAGCCGCCGAGCUGCUCGGGAGACGGCAGAGGAAGACGGAAAAAAGACGUGACCCUGCAAAUGGACCGGCUCUACCCAUGGCCACCGUGGACAUAAAGAAUCCGGAGAUCAACAAUGUGCGUUCCCAUAGCAACUCUCAAGUCAACAACAUCAUGCACAGCAGUUUCAGCAAGGACAAGAAGAAGGUGAAAGGGAAGAGGAAGAAGCUGACCAAAGCUGACAUCGGCACCCCCAGCAACUUCCAGCACAUCGGACACGUCGGCUGGGAUCCCAACACUGGCUUUGAUCUGAACAACCUGGACCCGGAGCUGAAGAACCUAUUCGACAUGUGUGGCAUCUCCGAGGCCCAGCUCAAAGACAAGGAGACGUCCAAGGUUAUAUACGACUUCAUCGAAAAGAAGGGCGGAGUCGAGGCCGUGAAGAACGAGCUGCGGAGGCAAGCCCCCCCACCUCCACCUUCCCGGGGUGGCGCUCCUCCCCCCCCCCCCCCUCACACUUCAGGACCCCCACCCCCACCCCCUGCCCGAGGAAGAGGGGCGCCCCCACCCCCUCCGCCCUCCAGAGCCCCCACGGCCGCUCCCCCACCCCCACCUCCCUCCAGACUGGGCAUCGGAGCCCCACCCCCUCCCCCUCCUCCAACCAGAGGCCAUCUCCCGCCCCCUCCUCCGCCCCUGCAAGCCUCCAUGGCCCCGCAGGCGCCCCCACCCCCUCCGCCCCCACCCUCGUCCUCCUCGCCCAACACCCCGCCCCCGCCGCCUCCUCCCCCUCCACCGGGACCCCCUCCCCCCGGGCCCCCUCCACCCCCUGACAUGGACGGGGGCGAGCCGCUGCCGUCACCCCUGGGGGGCAAAUCGGCGCUCCUGGAGCAGAUUCGGGAGGGGACCCAGCUGAAGAAGGUGGAGCAGAACAGCCGGCCUGUGUCCAGCACCGGCCGCGAUGCGCUCUUAGACCAAAUACGGCAGGGCAUCCAGCUCAAGACGGUGUCCGACAACCAGGAUUCGGCCCCGCCCACACCUGCACCCUCGGCGGGUAUUGUGGGGGCGCUGAUGGAGGUGAUGCAGAAACGAAGCAAGGCCAUCCACUCUUCAGAUGAAGAUGAGGAUGACGAUGAUGAUGAAGAUUUUGAGGAUGAUGACGAGUGGGAUGACUAGUGAACCCCCCCAAUAAUUAAGACACUAAAUUGUCCCCAUCUUUCUAAAUCUUAUUCAAAUUAUUAUGUAAAUGUUAUCAAUUUGCUGUAUAUUUUUGUUGCCUUUUUUGCUUUUUUUAUUAUUAAUCUGUGCAAUACCUCAUUUAAUCUGUAAAGGUUUGUCAUGUUUCUGUAAAGUUUAUCCUGGUUUAACAUGUGCAAUUUUACAUCAUGACAAAUUCUCUUUGAUUUUGUAGAUUUGAAUGUUCUGUUAUGUCAGUACAGGAAAGGGAGAUCCAAGGAACAAGCUGACAGAUUCCUUUAUGUUGUAACUGUUAGCUAAUGCCAGAUAACACUAUUUUCAUACCCUACUUUUCUGUAUCUUAAAUUUUCUUAUUCAAAUCCUAGUUUAGCACUAUUAUUUUUUCUUAAGAAUGAGCUUUUGGAAUAUUUAGCCCAUCAUUUCCAGUGUAAAUUUACACAGAGUUUAAGGCUGUUAUAUUUUUGCACGAAUCAAAAAAAGGAGAUUCACUGUCAGAAUAUACAGUUAGUGCAAGGUUAGAGUUGUAUUCAUAAUGUUGCUUUAAAGGCAUUGGGAAUUCACUACAAAAGCAGACAUCUGUAAACAUAAUGCACACUAGCCAGAGGUUUCUUGAGAUUUUUAUUUUUUGUUUGUCUUGUUUUUUUUUCCACCUCAUCUUGUAUAAGUCAUAAUUUUUCACAAAUGUCUUUUUAUUUCCUUUCUACCAUAGCAAUCAAAAAAUAUAGAUUGUUGUCAGAAAUCAGGUCAGUGUUCAACUUAAGCAAAAAAAUCCCAACUGUCAUCUUAAUUUAAAAAAAACAAAAAGAUUUGCAAGUUAAUGUCACGUAGUUUUGAAUCAUGUUACUAAAGGCUGCCAUGCAAGAGCAGUGAAAUAACAUUCAUUUGCAAGAGGCUUUUAAGGGGGUGUGGCUUGGGUGUGGCUUGAACUUCAUAACCAUCUCCAAGGUAACAAUGCCUGCAAAACACUAUUGAACUUUUUUGUGUAGUAAUGAAUGCUGUUUUUAACAGUAUUGUACGUCUGAAUUUUGCAAUCUUCCGUUUUCUUCUGGAGGUUGUGCUGCAUUUAAGAAACCGGAAUGUUGACAUCAAACCUUUCAAAACAGGUUGGGAAAAGAAUGGAAUACUAAAUUGUAUACUUAAAUAAAUGUUAAU